UACUUCAGAAGUGAGAGUCGGCUCGAACUCGGUGAAUCUUGCGUUCAGGUUUCCUGCGAGACGCCCCGGCUCGGCUCUCUGGAUGGAGAAGCGUUGCUGCAAAAUGAGAGCCCUGUGUUUGAACUUUGCCAUCACCUGUCUGUGGCUGCUUCCUUCAGCGGAAACCUUCAAGCCGCUGGACUUUCAGAGCCCUCAGUGGAUGGAGGACGGAGAAGGCGGCGAGGACACGAUGAGGGCCGACCUGAAGGUGAAACAUCUCUCCAAAGACUUACAGGUCAUUUCCACCAAACACAAAACACCAGCGUACGGCUCGCUCGGCCCCUACGGCUGGCCUCAGAACUUCUCGCAGGCCCUGGACCAGUACCUGUACCGCCCUCCGCCCAAGUCUAAACCUCCAGCCAAAGCAUCCUCCAAGGCGAAGAAGAUCCUGGGCUGGGGGGAUUUCUACUUCAACGUGAAAACGAUGAAGUUCAGCCUCCUUGUGACGGGGAAGAUCGUGGACCACAUCAACGGCACCUUCAGCGUCUACUUCCGCCACAACUCGUCCCGUCUGGGGAACAUCUCCGUCAGCAUCGUGCCGCCCUCCAGAGCCGUGGGCUGGGACGUCCUGGACCCCGCGGCUCUGAGCGCCCACGCCAAGAACUCGGUCCUGCUUCCGGACCUGACGACCCAGUUCCCGAGCCCCCCUCAGUCCACCAGCAGCGCCCCGACCGAGCAGCAGAGGCACCAGCAGGACGUGCUGAUGGUGACCGAGCUCAACUGCCGGGUGGAGUACCAGAGAACCAACCGCUCCAAGAAGACCAAGCCCUGCAUGUACGACCCUGGACAGACCUGCUACACCGAGAACACUCAGUCACAGGCGGCCUGGAUCUGCGCCAAACCUUUCAAAGUGAUAUGCAUCUUCAUCGCGUUCACCGGCACAGAUUACAGGCUGGUGCAGAAAGUCUGUCCCGACCACAACUUCCAGUCCGAGCAGAACCAGCAGCACUUCGGAUGAAUCAGUCUCAGACUGUGAAACUGAGACGUCGACACGAGCUUAUCACACAUCCUUUGAACAUUCUACAGUAUGAGCUGUUCUGGGUUUUAUUUAUCGAUUUCCAUCCGUUGUCA